AUGUCAAUAAUGGCAGAAGAAUUUUCAAAUUUUGAAAACGGUUCUUUGCCAAAGAAACGUAAAAAAGUCUACGAUGAAAAUGAUUUGUGUUUAUUUAAUGAGCAAAGCAGUUCAGGUAUAAUGUUGCGAGCAUAUUUAGUCAAUCAUUUAGUUGUCUAGAAUUCUCUUUCAAAUGUAAUAGACCAUUUCACCGAAUGAUGUGGCAAUGCAUUGUGGUAUAUAUUUAGUGGGUUUCAGUAAAAGCCCAUUUAUAAAGUCGCCACAUUUCGGAUUUUGUCAUACGCUGAUGAACAGGAAUAGUGACGUCAGCAGUCGUUUUCAUACUCCAGAAUGAUAAAUUGGUAAUCAUAUAUGAAGGUGUUGAUGGGGUAUAUCGUGAGUCGUGAUUCACUCAAUUUUGGUUACCAUCAGUCGUGAAAUCACUAAAAAUUUACCGUGAAGCGUGAGGAAAAAAGUACUGUUUAUCGUUUCAGAACACUUUUCAAAGAUUUAAGUUAAAAUACCAAAAUGUUACAGUAUUGUUACCAUUAAAAUACCAAAACUUUUACUGUUUACUGAUUUUCAGCCCCCAUCUAUACCCUCAUAUAUGACUAGUCAUAUUGGGCCUUAAUAGUUACAGGUCAUCCUCAUACCCAUAUAUAUGUGCGUAGUAAAUUGUGGCUAAACCAUUAAUUUGCUAUGUGCCCUGAUGCACCUAACUACAAUGCUCAUCUGAUGCCACUAAAAAUUGUUUACUAAAUACUAUGUAUUACCAAAUAGUUGAACUGCCGUGUGAUACAAUGGCUGCCAUACUGUACAUCAAGUCAAUAUUUCCUCUGACGAUAUUUGGAAAUAUAUUACCUCCAAUCAUUUUGAAGCAUCAGAUUUAUUGUGUCGUGAAGGACAAGACUCUUGUGGAUCGACAACUGGUAUGAUAUGGUUGGUGUUUGGGGUGGAAUGGAAUGGUAUGGUGUGUGGUAUAUGGUGUGGUGGUACAAUAUAUUAUAGUGUGGUAUGGUAUGGUGUGGUGAGUUAUGGUAUGGUGAGUUAUGGUAUGGUGUGUGGUAUGGUAUGGUAUGGUGUGUGGUAUGAUGUGGUAUAGUAUGUUAUGGUAUGGUAUGGUAUGGUAUGGUAUGGUAUGGUAUGAGUUAUGGUAUGGUAUGGUGAGUUAUGGUAUGGUAUGUGGUAUAGUAUGGUAUGGUAUAUGGUGAGUUAAAUGGUAUAGUAUGGUAUGGUAUGGUAUAGUAUAGUAUGGUAUGGUAUGAUAUGGGGUGAUGUGGUAUGGUGUACAGUAUGGUAGGGUAGUUUAUAGUAUGGUACACUGUGGUAUGGUGUAGUAUUGUAUAGUCUUAUAUGCAUAGUGUGGUAUGGUGUGAUAUAGUCUGUUCUUCAUUGAACUCACAUACUCGACAAAACACAAUAUUUUCAUUAGAAUAAACUCUGGCAAGAACGAAAACUUCAGUUAUUCAAACUCAUUUCUGGCUCGGAUGAAUUUGCCAUGGUUCUCAUGGAAGAUCUUAUUGCUCAUGUCCAGACGAAACAGAAUUCAGAAAACUCGACCGUACUCGAGAGAUUUUUGAGCAGUGCUCUUCCCACUUGUACUGACGUCAGCAUUAGUACAAAAACUUUAAGUGAAGAACACGACAUAAAAGAAAAAGACAUAACGUAAGGAUUUAUUUCAGUUCUAUCGAGCAUUGGUUUGCCCUGUGUAAUCCGCAAUCCAGCAAAAUUUAUAUUACGUAUAAAUAGAGUUUCCCUUAUAAGCUUGCCACACACGAAACUUACCGAGGUAAUCGCCUCGCGUGGAUUUAGCCUCUCGAGGCCUUGAGGAAAAUAUCUUUCUCAAAUUCAUGAAUAAUUCAUGAGCAAUUCAGCCAAUGAUAAUCACCUAUUUGAUCACAAGAUGCCAUUUGGAUAACCCGGUGAAACUUGAUGAAAGUCACUAGUGUUUUCAUCAAAUAUCUUAAUUACGCAUGCAAAAUUACUUGAAUAGAAUUCCUAAUUACGUUAUGCUUGGUUACGAUUACGAAUUCUAUUCAAAUCAGCAAACGAAAAAUUCUGUUAUGUCUCGAUUCAUACAUUGUUUUCUCGUGUUUGGAUAUCCCGGUGAAACACUCGCUCUCGUUGUUCAUAUAUUACAUCGCGUUUGAUAUUUUUCACCUCGCGAGGAAAACAUCUCAACGUCUGCGGAUGUUGCGAGCUUAGUGCCGAGCUGUCAGUCUUAAUCGACAAGCGACGUUCUUGUCACCGCCAAAAUUAGUUCUACAAUUUUUCGGGUGACGUCUGUCCGUGUUGACGAAAGUCAUAAACGUCUCAAAUUCAACGAAAAAGAAUCGAAAAACAAGCAGUUAAACCUUCUAUGGUCAUACUGUAUUUUAUGGUCUGUUGAAACGACUCUUUCAAGUGACACAUUUCCUGCACUUGUUGAAGCUAUCUUUAAUAAAGCAAAAGUUAUUUUAAAAGCGUUUUGAUUGCACCGACAAAGAUGUAAAUUUAGCUUUGCGGUUUGCGAUGUAAGUAAAUGAUCUUCAAAUCUUGAGGACCAGCGUUCAUUUAUAUCCAUUUCUCUUUCAAACUGGCAACAAAAAAUGUCAAACAUUUCAGAGUUUUGGUGAAAAGCGGUUUACUGCAGUGCCGUGACGUCGGUAGCUGGUGGCUGGGGAUUCCUGGGGCUGGAGUCUUUAUGAAACACUUCACGAAAGGAAGACAGAAUAUUUUGAGAAUGAUACGAAAACGAAAAUUUAAGGAGAUCUUACAACGGGUAAUGUUUAAUUAACGUGGAUUAGUGACCGGUGAUUAUUAAUGGCUGGGGAUGGCACGAAAGAGAAAAGGGUUGGGUAAACAAAAUUUUGAAGUAAAUGAAAAACAAAACAAUUCAAGAGUUGGGUAAUAAAAAUUUAUUGUCAUUUCCAAAGCAUGAUUCACUCAAAUAUUGAUGACUAAAAAGCAAUGUCAACCAGUCAAUAAAAGUCUAAAUCCUUUUAAAUUUUAUUUAUGAAAUAACCAAUUGAAUAAAAGGAUAGAAUUUAGUUUUUUUGUGAGAUUUAACAUGCAUUUGUUGAAGUCAUUAGUACUUGUAUAAAAUUUAGAAAGAUUUAAACUUUUACGUGCGUACACGCACGUGUAUGAAAAACGCUUAACUGGAGAGCAGCCUUCAGUAAAUCAAUCCGAGUCACUAUCUUGAUCAUUUUCCGAUUUGUCAAAUGAGGCAAAUGGUGUCUCCAAAGAAAGUACAUGUGCAGAGACAAGCAGUUAUCAAACUCAUGUCACAGGAGUGGUAAAGGACAUAUGUGACAACUGAAUGGUAUCGUUUUGUAAAGAUUUUUGGCCAGGGCUGGGUAUUUAUUUUUAAUUGAUAUUCGAAGUUGGGUAAAAAAAUUCUUGACUUUUUAAUGGCUGGAUCAGAAAAAUGUUUACCAAAAAAAUAUUUUUCUUCGAUGCCACCCCACCGCCAUAAAUAAUGACCCAUCCCUUAGUGCGUUGUACUCUUCUUCAAAGAUACAGUUUAGUGUGUGCGUUUAUACAAAGGCCAAAGCAAUUAUAUAUAAUUUGCUGACAGAUGAGCGCAUCAUUUUCUUCAGUGUGCGAUUGUUUCUCGAACGUUCUGUGGCAGUAUAAGAAAGCCUUAAGAAUUGAAUUUAUCAAUAUCCAUCUUUGGGAUUUAAAAAUACAAUGGAUUUACAUUGAGUCAUAUGAUAAAUAAGAUCAAUAAUUACAGUUAAAAAACUAAUAUUAAAAAGGCUAAGUUAAAAGACAAAGUUCAAUAUGUUAUCAGAUUUAUAUAUAUUUAUACUAGAUCUUGCAAUCAAAGAUUGCUUAUGUCUCUCGGUUCUAGAUAAAACUGUAUAAGAAUGAUUUUGUCUAAGUUUAUAUGGGUAUUCUCUAGGAUCAGGCAGUAAGGUAUGGCAAGGGUGGGUGAGUGGUUCCCGCUUGAAUCCUCCUGAUCUCUCGGAUGGUUGCUAAUUCACGCCUGCUUCUUAAAGAAGGCAGACAGUCUCCGUCCAGAUCAAGAAUUUUCAGGCUCCUUGUCCGUGCACAUUCAAUUUAUUGUGGAAUUUCUGCCCAAACAGACGAUGCGUAUUUCGUCGAGAAGUCAGUAGCGGACUAUGAUUUGCAGGGACGCCGGAACUGGGGGGGGGGGCAGGGGGGGCGGCUGCCCCCCUUGCCUUUUGCUAGGGGGGCAGGGGGGGCAGAAGUGCCCUUUUAGUUGUUAAAUAAUACGUGAUAAAUCACAUUUCCAACGAUGAAUUUUGUAGGAAAAUCACGAGAUUCAGGUAAUUUAUAGUUUAUAUUUAUAAAAAUUUUUGGAAAUUUUUGGAAUUUAGAAAAAUAUUUUGAAGAAAUGGCGAAAAUUUAAGAUGUCCGGAAAAAAUUUUGGCUUCAAGGAAAAUUUUUGUAUGUCCAAAAAAAAUUUUUGACCCCUAAAAUGGUACACUGACCGAAAUUUUUUUGGCGACGGGGGGGACGUCGCCUAAAAAUUUUGUGAAAAAAUUUCAGUAGUAAAAGUGCCCUUGGUGUGCGUCCGCCCCCCUUUGCCCUAUUAUCGUUCCGGCGUCCCUGAUGAUUUGUUAUACUAAUUUCCCGAUCAAGUGCCUUCGCUCGAAACGUCGAAGUUCUCCUUGUAUUUUUCAGGUAGUUGCACCUGUGUGCAUGUACUGCUCAAUUAGUCCAUUGUUCAAGAUAACGAAUGCAUUCAAGUAAUGCGCGGUGCUUUAAAUGAUUCGAAUAAACGUUUGCCGAAAGAUUACUGAUCGUUUUUACCGAUAAAAAGCUCUUAAUUAUCGAGCUGCGGUUUCUACUGGUUGAAAAAGUUUUUAAAUUAAAAGUGUUGAUUAGUUGUUUCAACGAGAUUGAAUGAGACGCCCUAUGAGAAAAUCGUUUCGGUUUUAGAUGAGAAGAAAACAAUACUUUGUUAAUUAUGCACACAGCUUGUUUCCAUAACAAUUAAUAUACACAACACAGGCCACAGCCAACAGGAGAUUGUUGAUUUGAAGGAGUUAUAUACCCACGUUCUAAAAUUUCUGGUUUAUACAUGACAGGAUCUGGAAACGUACAAAGUUAAUUCGAAAUUGGGAAUACAAUACCAUAUCUAUGACAUUAUCGGAGCUGAACUUGUUCAAAGGUAGGAAGAGAUUUUUUGUCGGAUUGUAAUUUCACCAGUCUCAUGUGAGAAGAGUGCUUCUAUAAUAUGUGUUUGCGAAACCAAGACCACGGGUUUUCUCUGGGUACUCUAGGUUUCUCCUCGACUAACACUGCCCCAGUUAGAGAUGGCCCUUACUGGAUCUCCAGGAAGAACAGUUUAGAACUGAUAGAGCAAUCCAGUAGAAAUAAAGUUAGUUUAGUUUAGGUUUCCUGCUGUAGUAACACUGGAUCAAUAAGAGAUGAUCCUUACUGGACUUCUAGGGAGAACAGUUUAGAACUGAUAGAGCAAUCCAGUAUAAAUAAAGUUAGUUUAGUUUAGGUUUCCUCCUGUAGUAACACUUGAUCACUAAGAGAUGAUCCUUACUGGACCUCUAUAGGAAGAACAGUUUAUAGAACUGAUAGAGAUAUCCAGUAUAUAAAUAAAGUUAGUUUAGUUUAGGUUUCCUCUUGUAGUAACACUGGACCAAUAAGAGAUGAUCCUUACUGGACCUCUAGGAAGAACAGUUUAGAACUGUUAGUGCUAUCCAGUAUAAAUAAAGUUUGUUUAGUUUAGGUUUCCUCCUGUAAUAACACUGGAUCAAUAAGAGAUCGACCUUAAUGGACCUCUCUUGGGAGAACAGUUUAGAACUGAUAGAGCUAUCCAGUAUAAAUGAAGUUUGUUUAGUUGACGUUGUCUCCAGAAGUACCACUGCACCAAUAAGAAAUGACUAAGAAACGACCCUAACUAUAUAUUUUAAAUUUAUUUUAGCAUUGAAACAACGUCAGGUUCCCUAUUAAGAUUGGAGUCGUAA